UACAGUUGUCGUCGUCGAAGUUCUCCGAGAUCCGGUUAUGCGAAUGUGGAGUUUGUGGUGAAAUACUGUUACAGCUAAUCGACAUCUGUGCGAGCGUGGUUUCGAUUGACCCAGUUAAUCAACUAGAAGAAUUAAUUUUGCGCUUUAUUGUGACAUUGAAACCUCUGUACAAUUCAAUUACGCCGUGAACAAGAAAUACCUGAUACGUGUAAAACCCAUUCAACCUUUUCAACUGAACAAAAAAUCAUUAGUCCUAACCUUUCCAUCGAUUGCUAUCAUAUCGUGACGAAUAGUCGAGUGCAAAAGUGAUCAGUGAAAAUGAACAGCACACGGCACCGGUUAAUACGCGGUCUGAAUAGAUUGGCGUCAACAUCGGCCACCUCAGCGGCCCCGUCGGCACCGGCGGCAAGCGCGGCAACCAGCAACAGCAGUCCAACCGGCAAAUCACAGAGUAAUAAAAUUCCCAGCUCCAGCUAUACAACGUCAACAUGCCCUCACAUGGUGGAAGUGGCAGAGGCUGCCACGACCGUCAAUAGCCGACUGCACGGUUAUCCGGUACAGCAAGCUCCUCCGAGUAUCAAGCUGGAGAAUGCCCGGCCGUACUCAGAGGUUCCGGGACCGAAACCAAUACCAAUUCUUGGUAAUACGUGGCGUGUAUUCCCCAUCAUCGGCCAGUACAAAAUCUCCGAUGUGGCGAUGAUAUCGUUCCUGCUUUACGAGCACUUCGGUCGUAUAGUGCGACUGGGCGGCCUCAUCGGGCGACCCGAUCUGCUGUUCGUUUACGAUGCUGACGAAAUCGAAAAGGUCUACCGCAACGAGGGUCCCACGCCAUUCCGGCCGUCUAUGCCCAGCUUGGUGAAAUACAAGAGUGAACUUCGGAAGGAUUUUUUCGGUGAUUUACCUGGUGUUGUUGGAGUUCACGGAGAACCAUGGCGAGAGUUUCGCUCCCGGGUGCAGAAACCAGUUCUGCAGCUGUCUACCGUUCGUCGAUACGUGUCCCCACUGGAACAGGUAACCGAAGAGUUCAUCAAUCGCUGUAAUCAAAUGUUGGACGAAAACCAGGAACUGCCCGAUGAUUUUGAUAAUGAGAUUCACAAAUGGUCCCUUGAAUGCAUUGGCCUGGUUGCAUUGGAUGCCCGUUUGGGGUGCCUAGAACCGAAUCUGGACCCGAAGUCGGAACCCCAGCAGAUUAUCAAUGCAGCUAAAUAUGCCCUCAGAAACGUUGCCACAUUAGAAUUGAAGGCACCGUAUUGGAGGUAUUUUCCAACACCGCUGUGGACUAGAUACGUUAAUAAUAUGGAUUAUUUUGUAAAAGUUUGCAUGAAAUACAUAAAAAAUGCCACCACCCGUAUGAAACUGAACGAAGGUCGUGCCCUGGAUGGCGAGCCCUCGCUUCUGGAGCGUGUCAUCAAAAGUGGUAACAACGAAAAACUGGCCGUCAUCAUGGCGCUUGAUUUGAUCCUGGUCGGAAUCGACACUAUAUCGAUGGCGGUUUGCUCAAUCCUGUAUCAGCUGGCAACACGACCAGCGGAGCAGCAGAAAGUAUAUGAAGAACUGAAACGAAUUAUGCCGGAUCCGAAAACUCCCCUGACGAUUCAACUGCUAGAUCAGGCUCAUUACCUAAAAGCAUUUAUCAAGGAAGUCCUACGAGUUUACAGCACCGUGAUUGGUAAUGGGCGAACACUACAGGAGGAUACGGUCAUCUGUGGUUAUCGAAUUCCAAAAGGGGUCCAAUGCGUCUUCCCAAAUCUUGUCACCGGUACGAUGGAGGAGUACGUAACUGACGCGCAAAGCUUCAAACCGGAACGAUGGCUCAAGCCUAGCCAGGGUGGAACCGGCGACAAUCUGCAUCCCUUUGCCACACUACCCUACGGUUACGGGGCUCGAAUGUGCCUAGGACGUCGCUUUGCCGAUUUGGAAAUGCAAAUUCUAUUGGCUAAGUUGCUCCGUUCCUAUAAGCUCGAGUACCACCACGAUCCGUUAAAGUACGUUGUUACAUUUAUGUACGCCCCGGAAGGUGCACUCAAGUUCAAGAUGACACCACGCGAAUGACAGCGGACCAGCGCGUAAACUGAUCGAUCAAGUUGCGAUGUGUACAGGUGUACUUUUAUAUUGGCUACCGGUACUUACCGUAGUACGAGAUUCGCCAGGUUUAUUGUGUACAUAACCAAUUAGCGUAAUUUUUCUACUUAAAAGUGUAAACUGACUUAGAAUGAGUUGCAAAUAAACAUG